AACACUAAGAAAAUCGCAGACGAUAUCGCGAGCAAUGACCGCGGGGACGACGAAGACUCGCAGGCCCCGCACGGCCGGAAGCCCGUGAUGGUGUACAUCCACGGCGGCUCCUACAUGGAGGGCGCCGGGAACAUGAUGGACGGCAGCGUCCUGGCCAGCUACGGCGACGUCAUCGUGGUCACCGUCAACUACCGCCUGGGCGUGCUGGGCUUCCUGAGCACGGGCGACCAGGCCGCCAAGGGCAACUACGGCCUCCUGGACCAGAUCCAGGCGCUGCGCUGGGUGGAGGAGAACGCGGGCGCCUUCGGCGGAGACCCCAAGCGCGUCACCGUCUUCGGCUCCGGCGCCGGCGCCUCCUGCGUCAGCCUGCUCACGCUCUCCCACUACUCGGAAGGCCUGUUCCAGAAGGCCAUCAUCCAGAGCGGCACGGCGCUGUCGAGCUGGGCGGUGAACUACCAGCCGGCCCGGUCGGCGCGGGCGCUGGCGGAGCGGCUGGGCUGCGCGUCGUCGUCGGGCGUCGACUCGGCGUCCCUGGUGUCGUGCCUGCGCGGCGCGGGCUGGCGGGAGCUGUCGCGCCCCGGGGUGUCGGCCGCGGCCUACCACGUGGCCUUCGGGCCGGUGAUCGACGGCGACGUCAUCCCCGACGACCCGCAGAUCCUCAUGGAGCAGGGCGAGUUCCUCAACUACGACAUCAUGCUGGGCGUCAACCAGGGCGAGGGCCUGCGCCUGCUGGACGGCCUGCUCGACCCCGGGGCCGACGACGACGCCGAGGACGCCGAGGGCGCCGAGGGCGCCGAAAACAUGGCCGCCGGCGCCGAGGACGCCGAAAACGCCGAAAACAUGGCCGAGGACGCCAACGACGCGGCCGAGGACGCCGACCCGGGCGACUGGGGCGCCCCCGGCGGCGGCGGCGCCCCCGAGGCGGGCGUGUCGGCGCGGGCGUUCGACGCGGCGGUGUCGCGGUUCGUGUCCGGGCUGUACGGCGACCCCGAGGGCCGGGCGGCGCUGCGUGAGACCGUCAAGUUCAUGUACACCGACUGGGCGGACCGGGAGAGCGCGGCGGCCCGGCGCAAGACGCUGGUGGCGCUGGGCACCGACCACCAGUGGGUGGCGCCCGCCGUGGCCACGGCCGACCUGCACGCGCGCUACGGCUCGCCCACCUACUUCUACGCCUUCUACCACCGCUGCCAGGGCGACGACGCCAGGCCCGCCUGGGCCGACGCGGCGGCGCACGGCGACGAGCUGCCCUACGUCUUCGGCGUGCCGCUGCUCGGGCCCACCGACCUCUUCGCCUGCAACUUCUCCCGCAACGACGUCAUGCUCAGCGCCGUCGUCAUGACCUACUGGACCAACUUCGCCAAGACGGGGUGA